AUGGAGCAACCGUUGUUCCGCAACUCGUCCUCGGCGCGGACUGAGUUGUUUGCCAAGCUUAAACCAUGUUGUGUGGAGAUCAGCAAGCUUGUGAUGCGGCCGUCCGCGGCACCAUCGCAAGCCAACCAGUUGCUGCAGUUGACGGAUCGACUCUACUCCAUCCUUAAUGGACAGGUCAGCUAUGACGCCUCGGCUGUGGAUGCAAAGAUUGCAGAAUAUGUUUUCUUCCCGCUGUCGUUCGUCUUCAAGAAUAAGGAGGAUCACUCUGCCCGAGUGCUAGAAAACGCCAUCAAGUGUCUGCGGAUUUUGAUUCAGUAUGGCUGGCGAUCUACCAUCUCUACGAGUCUGACUCAACAGCUACUCAUACUUCUCACAUUCAUCAUCGCCGGCGUUCCUGGCCAGCAGAGGACUUCGCCGCCGCCGGAAGAGACGGUCCUUGAAUGCUACAGGUCUCUUGCUGUCUUGAUCAGAGAGGCAUGUCUGUCAAGCUCCGUAUCAGAAUCCCUGGUUGACUCCAGUGGUCUACCAAGUCUAGGCCACACCGUAACUGUCAUUUUGGAUGGCAGCACGGAUGGAAUGACUGCAGAUAUCCAGCUUGCGGCACUCGAUGCCCUGAGGACUCUCUUUGUCUCGAUGAAAGACCGUGCUGCACUUGCAUCCUUCCUCCCAGGCAGUGUGUCGACUCUGUCCAAACUUCUCUCGCCACCUGCGUCACUCAAGCUUCAGAAACGUGUGCUCUGUUACGGAGCAAGAGUCUUUGGGGACGUUCUGACCAGGGUGCUAGGCGACAUACACAAUAGAGAUGCGCUGAGGCAGCUCACCUCAGACACGACCGGGGAGGGAAAAGACGGCGAGCUGUCUGGGACAGAGCUAUCUGCGUCUUGGCUCAAAGCUACAUCCGCUCAAGUCAGGAUGGCGCUCGCCAUGGUGCUCAAGUUACGAUCCCACGAGUCGGAUAAUGUUCGGAAUGCCGUUGAGAGGCUUGCUCUAUCCCUCUUAGACGAAUGUCAUGCGUCUUUGGCUGACUGCACAGUAUUUCUCGUCGAGACGGCCAUUUUUACCUGGAAAGAAGAAGAUGAUUCAACUGAUCUAUCGGGGGGUCCAAAGCAUACCGCUUCAAGCAUUCGUGACUCUGCUCUGCCAGAAAGCGUAGCGGUUCAAACUACCUUGCAGGACCUGGCCAUGAUAUACCCGGAACUUCAAGAUGCUAUCAAGACCGUGGUACAUAAUAUGAUUACCAGCAUGCCCAGAAUCAUGCAAACUUCAGACGAAAAAAUUAAGCAGCAGUGCAUAUUUGCACUCUCUCGAGGGCAGCGAAUAGUGAAAGUCCUGAAUAUUGACUCGUCCCUGUUGCAUGAAGCACUGUCCUCGGCUCUGAGAGACAGCAUUGUGGCUUUGACCUCAAGCAAAAAACAACUGAACGUCGUGGCCGACGCUGAAUUUGAAGGGGAGAUGAGUGUCAACCCCACAGACUUGGUUACACGGCCGGGUGAAACGCGAACAUUCAAGCCCAUCAUGCUGGCGCAUGGGAGUCAAGCAGGUACACGUGAUGCCUUCCUCAGGUUGGUUUCCGGUAUUGGCUCGCCAUCUCAGCAGGCAGAUCUGGCUACCGACAUGAUCAGUCUGGCAAGGGAUUUGUCAGGAAUAGAUCAGGUCACAGCCUUAUGGCUAGCGUUUGAGUUGCUGAAAGUAGCACUAGCCAAGAACGAGCAGGACGAGCAGUUCUUUGACUUUUCCGGCACCAUGUCAACAAAUGAGCCUACCGAAGUCUUCCAAGAGCUCUAUCAGCUCUCUGUCUUGAUGCUGACAUCACAUACUGACAGUCUCGAAGUCGACUGGAGACUGGAGGCCAUAGCUAUUGAGGUUACGACUUUUGCCGCCUCUCAAAUGGGGGUUUCAUUCAGGCCAGAGCUCAUUGAUACUCUCUACCCUAUAGCAACCUACCUGGGCUCACAAAAUACCCAGCUAAGGCUUCACGCGAUGACAGCGCUUGGCUUGAUUGCGUCAGCGUGUGGAUAUCAGGAUGUGUCCGAGUUGAUUGUUGACAAUGCCGAUUACAUGGUCAACUCGGUAUCUCUGCGCCUGACUUCGAUGGAUGUUACACCGGCGUCACUCCAAGUACUGAGGAUGAUGGUGAGGCUGACGGGGCCGAAGCUGUUGCCUUUCCUAGACGACACAGUAGCCGCCAUUUUUGCUGCUCUUGAUAAUUAUCAUGGGUACCCCGCCUUCGUCGAGCGAUUGUUUUCUGUACUCUCAGAGGUGGUGCAGCAGGGUGUCAAGUCUGACGUGCUCUUGCUUGAAUCGAAGGAAUCCAAAAGUCUUGACCACAGGAAAAGAUCAAUGGCAGCAGCAACCAUCAAUGAUAUUGAAUCAGAAGUGAAAGAGAGGAUUGCAAAGAAACAGAAGAGGAGAAAGGAGAAAGAGGAUCUUCUUCCAGGCGUUAGAGCCAAACAUCCUCAGAAGCCGUGGACUUCUGAAGCAAAACAGCUUCUAGACGAAAGGGAGAGGAAGAUGAAAGCCGAUGAUGAGGAGAAAGCAGAAGACACAGGGUCAGGCGGUGAGGUCGAGAAACCAAAGCCGGUCCGUACGCCAACAUAUGAACUGCUGUCACGAGUUACGACCUUGACGCAAUAUUAUUUAACAUCACCAACUCCGACUUUGCGAAAAUCGUUACUGGAUCUUCUCUCUACAAUUACUCCAUCUAUGGCCCUGGAUGAGGAUGCAUUUCUACCCAUGGUCAACUCUCUUUGGCCGGUCGUCAUCUCGCGCCUUCGCGACGGGGAGCCAUUUGUUGUGGCUGCAGCUUGCAGAGCCAUUGCGGCGCUUGCACAAGGGUCUGGGGACUUCCUGGCCUCGAGGAUCAAGACUGAGUGGUGGGACUCGAUGUCCAGGUGGUGCCAAAAGGCAAAGCAGAAUGCCAAGACUGGUGCGACAGGAAAUGGUGGGAGAAGUGGAAAGAGCAACAAUUCUGUUCCCAUUCACUCCGGUCGAAAUAUAGGCAGACUCAACAUGGCCUUGGUUGGCAAUGAAGUUGUGCUGCCACACCGUCCACAGGGCAGUAGUAGACCUGGCAGCGGCGGUGUUGAUACUGAAAAGUAUUCAGACGGCGGACUGGGAAGGUUUGCGCAGGCAUCACAAGUAUGGGAGGCCACCGUCGACAUGCUCGUUGCACUGGUCUCCUUUGUCAGGCUGGAUGACGAGGUUUUUGACCAAAUACUGGAACUGCUCGCCGACGAGCUCGAGAGCAAUUCAGUUGCUCGCAAAGCACUCGAGGUGGUCAAUGCGGAUGCGGUUUGGCUGGCUAGAUUUGAACGUGGCUCGCUGACACAAGAUCUCAGUGUACCAGUCAUGGACGGAAUCAGGUUUGCUGCUUUGGCAUAA